AUGGCCUUCGCGAAGAAGCUGGCUUUCGGUCUCGCGCUCUCCAUCCGCUUGGGGAGCGCCGACAGCUGGGAGCAGAAGUCCUUGGCCCACGAUGACGAGUGCGACCGGGACUCGGAAGAGUGCGCGGUGUCUGAGCUCCAGCUGGGCGCCAGGGCCAAGGCCAUCCAGAACGCUUCCCAGCACCUCAUGGGGCCCCCAAGUACGCCCUUCCAGUACAACGGCAUCGAGUGGCCGGCUUUGAAGGUUGGGAAGAGUGGACCGGCGCACUUCUUUGCGAUUGGGGAUUGGGGUGGCAUGGAUGGAGCCCUUCACCCUCCCAAUGAGUGCAUGCCUAGUGGCCACACUCCCGGCUGCCGGCCUCGGAUCAUCGCCUACCGCGGCGGCCAGACUCCGGGGCCCCACGUCUUCCCGCGCACCCGUUGGAACAAGGCACACUCGGAGCUCCUCUGCUCCCACGACCAGUUUGUCGCUUGCUUCGAUGGGGGAGAGCACAAGGGAGAGCACUGCGUCCCGGGCUGCGGCUUCGUCCCAGGAGUCGACACGCAGCCGCAGAUCCUGGUUGCCAAUGCCUUCAGGGCACGCGCCGGCCUUGUGAACCCGGACUUUAUCUUGAACGUCGGGGACAACUUCUAUUGGGGAGGUAUCGAGGAGAAUUGCGGCGCCUCCAUGCACGGCAUUACCUCAACCACGCGCCAUCAGUUCGAUUCCAUCUUCGAGGGUGUCUACCAAGGCGGUGGCCUCAGCAACAAGCCCUGGAUCAGCGUCCUUGGCAAUCACGACUGGGGAGGCAGGCAGUUCAACAACGGCUGGGACCAGCAGAUUGCCUACACCUGGGCCAGCAACCGAUGGAUCAUGCCUGCACCAUACUACAGCAUGAGAAUCGAGUAUUCGGGCUUCUCCAUCGAUAUCUUCGCCAUCGACAGCAAUGCCAUGGAUGCCAAGACCCCAGAGGAGGACCCAGAGCACAACAUGUGCGGCCGAAAGCACAACCCCCCGGGAGCCACAUGUGCUUCUAUCGGGGGUCCCGCCAACGUGGAUUCGUGCCACCAGUGGUUCAUGGAGUUCUGGGGCAAGAACAAGGCCUGGGCUUUGCAGAAGGUGCCGCAGAGCAACGCGGAUUGGCAGAUCGGUUUGACCCACUUCCCCUGCGGCCACGAGAGCGGCUUCUAUGCCCAGCUCCACGGCAUGGGCAUGGACCUCUUGGUCACCGGCCACCGCCACGACCAGGAGCUCCACGACCACUCGGGCCCCGGUGGCAUGACCUGCAUCGUGACCGGAGGUGGCGGAGGGAUCACGUCCGAGGCAACACCGAACCCCAUGGACCGCACGCACUGGUACGGCGAGGGGCAGUAUGGCUUCUACGACUUUACCGUCGACAAGAGCAAGAUCUACAUUGAGUCCAUCAACUAUGACGGAAAGGUCCUGAAGACUGCAACCGUUUAUCCGAGCCGUUUCGCUUACAGCCUUUCAGCAAAGAGCUGCGCAUCAAAAGAGGGCAAGCGAUGCUCUGACCGUAGAGGCGUCUGCGGAACGGAGGUUGAUGUGUUUUUUGCAGAAGGACCAGCACACGACCGCAGGAAGCCCAUCGUCAAUAUUUGGGCAAAAAUUCUUCUGACUGCUCUGAGCCAAACUCGUUUGGGCCCUUCAGGUUUUUCGCCGCUGCGUCCCACCGGACCUGACUCGCCGACAGUCUCCUUUGUGUGUCUCUCUGCGCGCGCGCGUGUGCAUGUGUGUCUCUCGCUCUUUCUCCCCCCGAUUUGCCGGCAUCAAGCUAACCCUCCCACGUGCUGCCUGAGGUCGGUGCGUGGUAUUUUAACUUCCAGACUGUGCUGCAAAGAACAUCUGCUAUUGUUGUCAUGA